CCCGAGGCCUGGGCCGAGCCCGGAGCCGCCGCUCGUUCGAGCCUCCUGGAGCCUCCACGCCCGUUCAGCCUGGGGGCGGGCCCGGGCCCAGCCCGCCACCGAACCCAGGACAGAGGCGGCAUACCCGACGACCAGGCCAGCACAGCCAUGGAGGAAGCAUCUCCCUAUUCCUUACUUGAUAUUUGCUUGAAUUUCCUGACAACUCACCUUGAAAAAUUCUGUUCAGCAAGACAAGAUGGAACAUUGUGUCUACAGGAACCUGGAGUGUUUCCACAGGAGGUGGCUGAUCGACUCCUUCAAACCAUGGCUUUUCAUGGUCUCCUGAAUGAUGGAACUGUGGGUAUUUUCCGGGGCAACCAGAUGCGCUUAAAACGAGCUUGCAUUCGAAAGGCAAAGAUCUCUGCUGUUGCUUUCCGGAAAGCUUUCUGCCACCACAAGUUAGUGGAACUUGAUGCCACAGGUGUGAAUGCUGACAUCACUAUUACAGACAUCAUCAGUGGGCUUGGCAGUAACAAAUGGAUCCAGCAGAAUCUCCAGUGCCUCGUGCUCAACUCAUUAACUCUCUCCCUCGAAGAUCCUUAUGAGCGAUGCUUCAGCCGCCUUUCUGGCCUUCGAGCUUUGAGCAUUACCAAUGUUCUCUUUUACAAUGAAGACCUGGCUGAAGUUGCCUCAUUGCCAAGAUUGGAGAGCCUGGACAUUUCUAACACCUCCAUCACAGACAUUACAGCUCUCCUAGCCUGCAAAGAUCGCCUCAAGUCUCUAACCAUGCACCAUUUGAAAUGUUUAAAAAUGACAACUACACAGAUACUGGAUGUUGUUCAGGAGCUAAAACAUCUCAAUCAUCUUGAUAUUUCAGAUGAUAAACAGUUUACAUCAGACAUAGCUCUUCGAUUAUUAGAACAAAAAGACAUCUUACCCAACCUUGUCUCCCUGGAUGUUUCUGGGAGAAAGCAUGUGACAGAUAAAGCUGUAGAAGCCUUUAUUCAGCAACGACCCAGCAUGCAAUUUGUAGGUUUAUUGGCCACUGAUGCUGGCUAUUCUGAAUUCCUUACAGGCGAAGGACAUUUGAAGGUGUCUGGAGAAGCUAAUGAAACUCAGAUUGCAGAAGCAUUAAAGCGGUAUAGUGAGCGGGCAUUCUUUGUCCGAGAAGCUCUCUUCCACCUUUUUAGCCUGACUCAUGUGAUGGAAAAGACAAAGCCAGAAAUUUUAAAGCUUGUGGUUACUGGGAUGAGAAACCACCCGAUGAAUUUGCCGGUGCAACUAGCUGCAAGCGCCUGUGUGUUUAACUUAACGAAGCAGGAUCUUGCUGCAGGGAUGCCUGUAAGACUCCUAGCAGAUGUGACCCAUUUACUACUCAAAGCCAUGGAACAUUUUCCCAAUCACCAGCAGUUACAGAAGAAUUGCCUCCUUUCACUUUGCAGUGACCGGAUUCUUCAAGAUGUCCCAUUUAACAGGUUUGAAGCAGCCAAGCUUGUCAUGCAGUGGCUCUGCAACCAUGAGGAUCAAAAUAUGCAAAGGAUGGCCGUUGCUAUCAUUUCCAUUUUGGCUGCCAAGCUUUCUACAGAGCAGACCGCACAGCUUGGUGCUGAACUCUUCAUUGUCAGGCAACUUCUUCAAAUAGUGAAGCAGAAAACCAAUCAAAAUUCAGUGGACACUACUUUGAAGUUUACAUUGAGUGCGCUUUGGAACCUCACCGAUGAGUCCCCAACCACGUGCAGACACUUUAUUGAAAACCAAGGGUUAGAGCUCUUCAUGAGAGUCCUUGAGUCCUUCCCUACUGAAUCAUCCAUUCAACAGAAAGUCCUAGGACUUCUGAACAAUAUAGCUGAAGUACAAGAAUUGCAUUCUGAGUUAAUGUGGAAGGAUUUUAUAGACCACAUCAGUAGCCUUCUACACAGUGUUGAAGUAGAAGUCAGUUACUUUGCCGCUGGAAUUAUUGCCCAUUUAAUAUCCCGAGGUGAACAAGCCUGGACAUUGAGCCGUAGCCAAAGGAAUUCUCUUCUGGAUGAUCUGCAUUCAGCUAUUUUGAAAUGGCCAACUCCAGAAUGUGAGAUGGUAGCAUACAGGUCCUUCAAUCCGUUUUUCCCAUUGCUUGGCUGUUUCACAACACCAGGAGUCCAGCUGUGGGCAGUUUGGGCAAUGCAGCAUGUCUGUAGCAAGAAUCCCUCAAGGUAUUGUAGUAUGCUGAUUGAAGAAGGAGGAUUGCAGCAUUUGUACAACAUCAAAGAACAUGAACAGACAGAUCCCCAUGUCCAACAAAUUGCUGUGGCCAUUCUGGACAGCUUAGAAAAACAUAUUGUGCGUCAUGGGAGACCACCUCCCUGUAAAAAGCAGCCCCAAGGCAGACUAAACUGA